AUGAUUUAAGGAGUGAAACGGGUUUCCUCGAAGCGUUGGUGGUUGGAAGUGGUGAUACAGUUGAACUUCAGUGCAGUACUCCGGACUCACCUGUAUCUCUCCUCUGGUAUAAAGAUGGCGUUGGGAUUUCACCGACCAACCGGACUCAUUUUGGUCAAAAACUCUUGAGGAUUAUAAAUGUGUCCUACAACGAUUCAGGCCUGUACAGCUGUAAGAAGAGGCACUCGGUGGAAAUGCUCAGGAACUUUACGGUCCGAGUUACAGAAUCCCCGUCAUCGGGGGAUGACGAAGAUGAAGAUGAUGAUGAAGAUGACGACUCUGAAGACAGAGUUGCACCUUAUUGGACCCAUCGUGACAGGAUGGACAAGAAGCUUUUGGCGGUACCAGCUGCCAAUACUGUUCGUUUCCGGUGCCCGUCAGCUGGCAAGCCGCUUCCUUCCAUAUACUGGCUGAAAAAUGGCAAAGAAUUCAAAGGGGAGCACCGUAUUGGAGGCAUUAAACUACGGCAUCAGCAGUGGAGCCUCGUCAUGGAGAGCGUCGUUCCGUCAGACCGAGGCAACUAUACCUGUGUGGUCCAGAACAAAUACGGUGUAAUCUGGCAUACGUACCAACUUGAUGUUCUUGAACGAUCUCCACACCGCCCCAUUCUCCAGGCAGGGCUGCCUGCCAAUCAAACGGUGGUGGUUGGGAGCAACGUGGAAUUCCACUGCAAAGUGUACAGUGAUGCUCAGCCUCACAUCCAGUGGCUGAAACAUGUGGAAGUCAACGGAAGCAAAUACGGGCCGGAUGGGACGCCUUACGUCUCUGUCCUAAAGACAGCGGGUGUUAACAAAACGGACAAAGAGCUAGAAAUUCUCUCCUUGCACAAUGUUACUUUUGAAGAUGCCGGGGAAUAUACUUGCCUGGCGGGGAAUUCUAUUGGUUAUUCACAUCACUCUGCUUGGCUGACGGUCUUACCAGCAGAAAAACGGGUUGCGAGACAGGAUUCCAGCUCGUUUUACGCAGGCAUCCUCAGCUACGGGAUUGCCUUCGCUCUUUCCAUCCUGGUGGCUGUGAUGGUGAUGAUUUAUAAAAUCAAAAGGCCACCCAAAAAAUCCAUGAAUGCCACCGCAGUUCAGAAAGUCUCCAAGUUCCCCCUCAAGAGACAGGUGUCUUUGGAGUCCAACUCAUCCAUGAACUCCAACACUCCUCUGGUGAGGAUCACCCGCCUCUCCUCCAGCGAGGGCGCCAUGCUGGCCAACGUGUCCGAGCUGGAGCUGCCGGCAGAUCCCAAGUGGGAAUUGGCGAGAUCUCGCUUGACUCUCGGGAAGCCGUUGGGCGAAGGCUGCUUCGGUCAAGUGGUGAUGGCCGAAGCCAUGGGGGUCGACAAGGAAAAACCAAGCAAGCCUGUUACUGUAGCCGUCAAGAUGCUGAAAGAUGACGCCACAGACAAAGAUCUGUCCGACUUAGUCUCAGAAAUGGAAAUGAUGAAGAUGAUCGGGAAGCACAAAAACAUCAUCAACCUCUUGGGGGCCUGCACGCAGGAUGGUCCUCUCUAUGUUCUUGUGGAAUAUGCAUCCAAGGGGAAUUUAAGGGAAUACCUGAGAGCACGUCGGCUACCCGGCAUGGAUUAUUCCUUCGAUACCUGCAAGCUUCCUGAGGAGCAGCUGACCUUGAAAGACUUACCCAUCCCCCCAGGUCGGGACCGGUCUCCCCAAAAGAGCCCAAACCAAGCUCAGCUUCAUCCCAAACGGGCUCCUUCUAUUUGGAUGCAGCCCCUCAAAGCUGCCCAAAGGUACAUGAUCAUCCGGGAGUGCUGGCAUGCGGUGCCUUCUCAGAGGCCGACUUUUAAGCAGCUGGUAGAAGACCUGGACCGAGUGCUGACGGUCACCUCCACCGACGAAUACAUCGACCUGUCCGUGGCCUUCGAGCAAUACUCCCCCAAAGGCCACGACACCCACAGUGCCUGCUCUUCGGGAGACGACUCCGUAUUUGCACACGAGCUGCUCUCGGAGGAGCCCUGCCUCCCAAAACAGCCGGCCAACGGCAUCGUCAGGACAUGAGGACAGAGACUGAGCCUCAAACACGAGAAUCGUGAAUGUAUGUCUGAGGCGGGACUCCGGGACCAGAUCUGGAGGAGGAAGAGGCGUUAUUCUGCUCCACGGCAUGGAGGCGGGUGUGGCCAUGAAGCCGUGGCACGCCGAACGUGUUUUCUUCCUACUUUUCUUGUCAAACACCCGGAAACAGAGGUGGCAUUCACUUCUGGAAAACCGGUAGCAGAAAUUUUGAGUAGUUUGGAGAACCGCAAAUGCCGCCUCUGACUGGAGAUUUUACAGUCUCCUUCCCCUGCCACGCCCACCAAGCCACGUCCAACUGGUAGUAAAAAAAUUUGAAUCCCACCCUGGAAACCAUGAAAGGCAAAGGAGAGGAUGGGAAACCAGCCUCUGAGUCCAUUUUCUAUGUGUGCAAAUUCUAGGAGUGGGUGGGAAAAACGAAACAAAA